AUGGCCCUCUUCACCGUUGCCUGCGGCAACUUCGGCCUGGACACUAACAUAGCGAAAACGGUCGUGCAUCAACCGCCACGCUACGCUGCCUACAAAGCACCCCAAAUCAAGGUAAAUAGCGCCCAACUGCAAAUAGUGGACAAUUUCAUCUACCUGGGCAGCACCCUCUCCCGCACGAUCGAAACCAAUGAAAAAUAGCUCAUCGGAUUUCCAAAGCCAGGCAAGUCUUCGAUCGUGUACAAAGCACGAUCUGGAAUCGCCACGGUCUCCACCUCAAUACCAAACUGAAGAUGCAGAAAGCGGUCAUUCUGCCGACGCUGCUGUAUGGAGCAGAGACCUGGACGGUAUACAUGAAGCAGGCGCAGAGGCUCAAUCACUUCAAUCCCAGCCGUCUUCGACGCAUAGUGAAGUUUAUGUUGCAGGAUCGGAUCCCGGACACUGAUGUACUGGAGCGGACGGGAACCCUCAAAAUCUACGCCAUGCUGAAACAGCCGCAAAUGCGUUGGAGCGGCUACAUCGUGCGAAUGGACUACGAGUGGCUGCCCAAACGACUUUUCUGCGGAGGGGUCGUCACGGGUGGCUGCCGGGAAGGAGGCAAAGUCUGCCGAUACAAGGACGCCCUGAAGACCUCCCCGAAGCGUUUGUAA